UUUCUCUCUCCCUCUCUUCCACUCCCAUGCAGGCAGAGCGUAUCCAAAGCUCCAACGUCGCCCGUUCUACGUAGCCCUCACCCCAGGAACUUGGGACAAGAAAAGUUUUUUUGCUAAACAGGUCGUGCAUGGAUAAGCGUUUAAAGGCCUACAAGAGAGAACAUUUCUUAUUUCCUUAUACUUGUCAUCGUCAUUCAUUUAAAUUCUGAAAUGCGGACUUGAGGCACCCAGAGCCUGGAUUGCGUUGAGUUUUGGGCUACUUUCCGGCUGGUUAUUUUCUCAUACUUGGAUAAGUUUGGAGAACAACGGGUUUACCGAUGUAAAAAGGGAUAUCUGCAACAGGACAGCAAGAGAUAUAAGCACGGGGAGAAACUUUCUUGACGACCAGAGCAGUUGUCACUUGUCAUUUCAGUGAGGAGCAAUUUAAUCUGGACUUUGCUCAUCAUACAUUUGCUGUCUUCGAACAUCGUUGAAGUUAUGGCGAAGAAAUACGACUUCCUCUUUAAAUUAUUACUCAUAGGAGAUAGUGGAGUUGGGAAAACCUGCCUCAUCAUCCGAUUUGCGGAGGACAAUUUUAAUUCAACCUACAUAUCAACAAUCGGCAUUGACUUUAAAGUAAAGACCAUAGAUGUGGAUGGGAAAAAGGUGAAACUGCAAGUCUGGGACACAGCAGGACAAGAGAGGUUUAAAACCAUAACCACAGCCUACUACAGAGGAGCAAUGGGCAUCAUCUUGGUGUAUGACAUCACUGACGAGAAAUCCUAUGAGAACAUUCAGAACUGGAUGAAGAGCAUCAAAGAGAAUGCAUCAUCAGGGGUGAGCCGCAUGCUGCUGGGCAACAAGUGUGACAUUGAGGCGAAGCGGAAAGUGUCCAAGGAAGUGGGCGAAAAACUGGCAAAGGAUCAUGGGAUUCGGUUCUUUGAGACAAGUGCCAAGUCCAGCAUUAAUGUGGAAGAGUCCUUUCUUUCACUGGCUCGCGACAUUUUGCUGAAGUCAAGCAAGAAACCGGGGCCGACAGGAAGGGAGGUGAAGCUGACAACUCCAGAAGCCAAAACCAAGUCCUCCUCCAAGUGCCUCCUCAUUUAAACGACAGAGGAGAGAGAGGGAGGAAGGGGGUGAAAGACAGAAAAGUUGAAGAAUGGAAAAAGAGGAUGAGAGAAAUGAGGGGAAACAGAAUGUGCAGAGAAAGUAAGAGAGUGCUACUGGCCUGGCAAAGUUUUUAAUUGGUUGCUGGUCUUGUUCUACAGCAGAUAGCAUUGUCUAGAGGUUACUGUUAAUAUUUUUUAUGAUGAAUGCUGUAUAACAUUCCAAGUCCAGUCCUUUGAGAAAAACAAUGCUUGCAGUAGGAAUCAGGAAGAGUAUUGGUUUAUAUGUGGAAGGCUGAAAUACGUACAGGCUGCAGUGUAAAUCCGAUGAGCCAUGUUAAUAGUUCUAAUUAGUGAACGAGGGAAAGAAAAAAAAGACAUUCCUGCAGACAAACGUAUACGUAUGUCAUCUAAUUCCUCAUGUUUUCACUGCAUUCGUUCUGCUGGAAGCUGUCCACAGGGGUUGCCAGGGGCUCGGUCAAUGCUAACAGUUGUUGACCAAAAUUACAUUGAAACUAAUUAGAUCAGUCCCAAGGAUACUAUAGUAAAACAGAUCCUGCAGUUGGCUGUCUGAGCUAGCCGAUCAGGGGGUAUGUUUAACAGUGUUAGCAGGGAAAUCACACACUCAGACUGAGACGGAGGAGCCAUAUUGCUAGCUCUGUGAAUAAGAUAAUCACUCAACUUUCAAAAACAAACAAAAAAGGUUGUCCGUGCAACUUUUGAUUCGGUACAAUCAAUACCCUAUGAAGCUCAGUAAACAGUACUGGGAAUACUGGGAAUAGCCAUUUCUCAAGAGAACGUUCCACAUUACAUCUUGCAGCUAAAACAGACCUUUCAGGAAAUAGACUGUCAGCGAGCGGUUAUGUUGGGACUUAUGGAAGUUAGGUAGGGACUUAUGGAAGUGCCUUCAUGAUUCAGCAUGUGGUGCAGUGAGGUUUAGAUGGACAUUUUUGCAUACGUGUACUUUUUUUAUUUGUAAAAAGUUUAGAUCCAAUGGCUGUAUUGCAGUAGAGAUUUGAACACUAGGUUCACACUACAGUGUAGAGGAGUUGGUCUGUGAGUGAAGAGCAUCUUGCUCUUGAACAUGGGGAUUACCAUAACAAUGGACACCCGGUUAAUGAUGCACACACACACACACACACACAGAGACACACACACACACACACACACACACACACACACACACACACACACACACACACACACACAGUCCCCCAGAAACAAGUUCACUUUCCCUUUCUUUUAGAGGUUUGUGUGUUUGUGUGUGUUUGUGUGUGUUUGUGUGUGUGUGUGUGUGUGUGUGUGUGUGUGCGCGUGUGUGUGCGUGUGUGGGUGAUGCGCACAUGCACAUGUGUGUAAGUUUGUAAAGGCGUAUGGUUGGACUGGUUGCCUGUUAUGAGGUAACUCUGCACAAGCAUAGACUUGUCAUCUGUCUCCAGAUCAGGUGUUCCAGAGAGAUCUACAAAGAGCGAUCUUUUCACCUGUCUGAAUGACUGCCUGUUUACUGUCUCUCACCUGCUGUGAUGGCACCUCCUUUGUUGGUACUGCACACUUACUGCUAGAGAUAUUGUGGUUCCUCCGCAAAGAUGAUACAAAGUGUUGUGUGUGUGUGUUUGUUUGUUUGUUUUUAUGAACAAAUGGCACCUUUGUACAAAUAACACAGAGAUCAGAGAAUUUUUUUUAAAAUGAUAACUGGUUUGUUUUAUUCUGUUUACAAACUUGUCAUGGGAAAAUAUGUUGAUGAACAAAUGAAAGGGGGAUGGAACGAGAGAAUAAAAAUGAUGCAAGAAAGGGAAAAGUGUAAAUGUUGAAAAGGAAGAGAUUUGGACUUGGGUUUUAGCUGUACAACAGACUUUAUUGAUACCAGCACUGCUAUUUUCUGCUUGUUUUUUACACACUGUAUCGUCCUGUGUGUGUACGUGUGUUUGUGAGUGUGAAACAGUUUCCCCUUGACUCUUAUUGAACUUAUGAAUCUUUCUCAGGUGGUCAAUGAAACAUCCUGACUGUCUUUUAUGCCGCUUUGAAUAAAAAAACAGUGUUAUGAUAA